GCUGCCCCAGGACUGCACGAGCACCGUUCUGGAGCACAGCCGCCAUCACAGAUGAUCCGGGACCGGACCCGCGGUGUGGGGAGGAGUCUCGGCCUCUGAUGACGACACUGCUGCUUUAAUACAGUUCUCUCCCCCUCCACCCCCUUCCCCCGGGACAGAGAGCACUCUUUGUUUGGGUUUGAGCGCCUGCCGGGACAUCCGCAGAGUACUGGUGAUAGGAACAGUGGAAUGUAAAUUCUAGAUUGCAGCAGGAACGUGGAUUACUCUGUGCCUGCAACAGCUUGACCAUCCUGGUUGUUGGACGUGCGGGACUCUGAGGACAAUGUCCAGCGAAGGUGACCCACGAGGUCAGCCAUCCACUACAGCGCUCAGCACAGUGGCAGUGCAGGGAGGAGACACGCAGAUUGUUGUAGCUGUGUUGAAGUGCGGAGACCUCGUGCAGGUGCAGCUGACAGAGGCUCGUCCGGGCCUGCUCGAGAUUGGCUCCAACCAGCAUGAGGCCAAGAAGCUUUUGGAAGGGCACGAACAACUCCUGGCCAAACUCAAGAGAAAUGAAGGGGGUGUGUGGACCCUGCUGGAGAAGGCGGAUAAGACAGCCGAGGAGAAGCAGGGAGAGGAGGUGGUUUAUGAUGCCAUGGCCCAGUCUCUCAGCAAGGCCUGGAAGACCUUAGUCAAGCACCUGGAGAAACGACGGUCACUCCUGCUCCUCGCCUGCCAGUUCUACGACCGGGCCCUGGAGUUUGCCACCAAGCUGGACGAAGCAGAGAUGUUUCAGCACUCAGGCCAGCGGUGCAGCGGAUCAGACUGCCUCUGUGACCUCAGACAGAGACUCAGCAGCACGAGGAGGGGUCUGCUGGAGACAUCUAUCCUGAUGCUGAACAAGGGCUCUGAGUUGCUGGAUUUUCUGCGAGUCUUGGUGGAUGAGGAGGCACUGCAGAGUGGAGGAGGUGUGGGUAGUGCUCGCAGCAGUUGUAGGAAGGUGGAAGACCUGAUGGAGCUCCUGCAGGACCGACGCAGGCAGGUCGACCAGCGCAUGUCUCAACAGUUCCAAGACCUGGAAGUAACUCAGGCAAUCCGCCAGUGGGAAUCACAGGAACAGGAGGUAAUGCACUGGUUCCAGGAAAACGCUGACAUGUUCUUGGAAACCAAUCAGUUGGGCUCAUCGCUCUCAGAGAAUCAGGAGUUAUUGCGGGAGCAUAAAGAGGCUGAACUCAAAGUCAAGGACUGGAGCCUCCUGGUGGAGCAGCUGCUCCAGAAAGCAUCUGAGCUGUUAGCCUCCGGCUCCGGUGCUGAGCUCGAGGCCGUCUCAGAGAAGAAUCGAAAUCUCCGCACCACGCACGAGCGUUUCUGGAGUCUGAUGAUGGCCCGGCAAGGAUAUCUGUAUGAGAGCAACAAUUUCUUUACCAGCGCUAAUAAAGCGUUUGAAGUCCUGGCAGCCAUUGAGAGCAGCAUAAAGAGUUUAAAGAUGCAGGCUGUGCCAUUGCCUGAGCUGGCAGAGAAGCACGAGGAACUCUGUCGCCGUGCGGAAGAUGCAGCCACUGGCGCCCUGGGCAAGGGCCAGCUCAUCCUCGCCAAGCUCACGUCAGACGGUGGCCAGGUGGCGGUGGGUGUGCAGAGGCUGAUGGGAUACAUCGGAGAGCGGGUGGAGGGGCUGAGGCAGCAGUGCCAGGCAUCCAGGGAGCUGACCGAGAGACGGCGCUACCUGCUGAACUCAUUCGAUGAGCUCGAGGACAAGAUCUCUGGCUGGAUUAGGAACAGUAACAGAGUGCUGACUGACAGCACAGAACCCGGAUGUUGCCUCUCUGAGACUGAGGAUGUGCUCAAUAAACAUCUGGAGAUCUCCACAUACAUGCAGCGUGCUGUGAAGGAAUCCGAGGCCACCGGAAGAGUGAUGGAAGAGAUGAGGAGGCUGGAUUCACCACAGGCAGCGGAGCUCUGCAUCAGGGCCUCCGUGCUGAGAGAGCAGCUGCAUGCACUGCAGAGGAGGGUGGCCGGGCGGAUGGAGAGCCUCGGCCCCUACACCGGCUUCUUGCGAUCCGCUGGAGAGGUUGAAGAGCAGGUUAAGAUGUUGCUGGAAUGCUAUAACAGCAGACCAGAGACAGAGGAAGAGAAUGACGAAACAGGUGCCCCCGUGAAGGACAUCAUGGAUACAAGAUGGCAGUUGUUCCUACAGAAGUUCCUCUCCAUGCAGGACCAGGGAAACAACUUCAUCAACUCAUCUACCAUGGUGAAUGAGACUCUGAGUCUGAAUGUAAGAGCAGCAGUGAGUGUGGUGGAGAAGGUCAUGGAGAGUCUGAGUGUCAGGAAAGCUGAGCUUUCAGACCUGUGGACGUCUUGGCAGCUCCGCUACAGUCAGAUGAAAUCUGUGAAGAAACAGUGGAAAAGAUUCAAGGAUCAACUGAAAAAGGUUACACAUGAAUUAAAAUGCCUGGACAGUGUUAUUGCUCCGGCACACAAAAUUGAUCCGGGAAGUGAUCUUCAGGUUGACCCAGGAAGUGAUCUUCAGGCUGUGUCCAAGCUGCAGGAUGACUUCAGCCCAACCAAAUCUCAGUUUUUGCAACUGAACGCAGAAGUGGAAUUCCUGGUUAAGACGGCGGAGUUGCUGGCACUGAAAGGAAUUCCGAUGAAGGAAAAGAAUGAGAAGACUGGUGAGCUCCUCCAAGUGCACCAGCACGUGAGGGAUAAAAUCAGAGAACAUGAAACACUUCUCAGCAUGGCUGUCAAAUUCCUUCAGCUUUACGAAGAGCUAGAAGGCCUACUGAAAACAGAACCAGUGAAGGAAUUCAGUGAUGUAUGCCAGGCCAAGAUGCAGCUCAGUCAGCUCCAGGAGAAACAGAACCACGUCCAGCACCUCUACAAGCUGGCCACCUCACUGUCGGCCGAUAUUAACAGCACCAUCCAGUGUUCGCCAAUGCUGGUGACCUCAGUUCAGGAUAAGAUGGAGCGUCUGCAUUGCAGUACCGUGAGCUGGGCUGCCCAGGUCAGCCGCUACCAGGAGAGUCUCCUGAACAGCAUCCACUACUGCGUUUUUAAAGAGGAGCUUACUGAGCUCAGAGAGUCUUUUAAAGACAUCAAGAAGAAGUUCAACAAUUUGAAAUUCAACUACAUGAAGAAAAGUGAGAAGUUGAGAAACCUGAAGGCUGUAAAAAAUCAGAUUCAACAAAUUGAGAUAUACAUAGAAAAACUGCAGGUUUUGAAACAGAAGCUACAGGCUUUUACUGUGAAGGUGCCCAGCAGUGGUGAGAAGCACCUUAUCGGCUGCAGCCCCAGAGAGUUAGAGGAUGCCACCAAUGAGCUGCAGAGACAGGUGGGGGAUUUUGACAGGAUGGUGGAGGAGUACAAGCAGAACUUGGACCUCAACAUGAAACUACAGCAGGCCAUGGAGGAGUAUCAGUUCUGGUGUGAUGAAGCGAGCUCCACCAUCGUGAGGGUGGGCAGAUACUCGUCUCAGUGUAAAACAAAGGGGGCCAUCAGCAGUCUGUACAAGCAGUUUGAGAAGUUCAUCUUACCCACAGUUCCACAACAGGAGGAACGCGUCAGGCAGAUCACAGAGCUGGCGGUGCGCUUGCACGGUGCCGAGGAGGGGAAGAAGUAUAUGGAGAAAACUGUUAACAAGCACAACGAAAUAGUGGAAUCAAUAAAGGAACUCUCCAGUGGUCUUUUAGACCUUGAAGCCAAACUACAGGCAGAGUCGCUGAAAGAGCAGUUCACUGAGGAAAACAACAGAUAUGACACCACUGAAACGCCAGAAGGGAAGGAAACGGGCCACACUCCUGAGAUAAUUGGACCAGGCAGCGCCAAGGAUGACCCAGACACCAGCAAAUCAGAAAGCAGGAACCCUCAGCUGGCCGGGGCACAAAGCCAGAUGAACUACCUGCCAAACAAGCUGCACCAGGAGCAGCACGAAGUGCUGUCUGAGACACGCCGUUAUACGCAGGAGGCCUACAUGAAAACCAGCACAGUGCAGACCAUCACCAGCCAGUCCACAGUGGAGAGGAAGGAGCAGACUCGCACCUCCUCCUCACACACACACACAGUUUGUAUAUCUGGCUUGCCUACAAAGAGAGACAACAAGGUCCCUCCAGGACAGCGUGAUCCCUCCACUCUCCAGAAGACCAAGAGCCCAUCUCAGAACACGCCCCCACCAUCUCUGCCAACUCUGAGUGAGAUGUCCACAGCACCUGGCUCUUCAGAUGUCCACAGGGAGUUUCCGAGUGGAGAGAAAGCACCCACAGCACUCAGAGUCCAGCAUGGCAGGCUCCGUGGUGCUAGUGGGCCGUACACCGCUACACACACGAUUCACAUCGAGUCUAAGAGAGAAACCCCUCUCCCAGCAGAAGAAAUAUUCUCUAGAAGUGCACCAGACUCAGGGAUGCCCACUGAUGGAGACUGCCAUGAUCACCUGACCGAAGAGUCCCUCUCCAAUGAUGAAUAUGAGUGUGCCUCUUCGGACGACAUCUCUCUCCCCCCUCUCUCUGAAACCCCUGAAUCCAACCUGGUCCAGUCCGAGAACGACCUGGACGAUGGAUACUGCUUAAGCUCCCACAGCCUGCAUGUAAACCAGUACAGCCGACUGUCCCACUGUCAGCAUGGGGAGGUUCCUGAGGGCACGCCCAGUCAGGCAGACGCCUGCUUGCACUCUGGCCGUUUCAGAGCGGAGUCAUCCUCCUUCGUCCCCAGCCCCCUGACCGUGCCCACGCCUACCCUGGUCUCCAGCACCAUCUCCAGCAUCUUAAAGAGUGGCAAGCUUGUGCCAACCCUGCCAGUAGAUGGCGUCACAGCGUGCCACCAAACCCUUUACUCCAUGCAUGAGAGCAGGACCGAAACACAGGAGUGUGUGCAUGAACCUGUUCUGGCCCAAAACCCCACUGCUCAGGCUGGUAACAUGCAUGCUCCCCCUAAACCAUUAACCCCUGAGCAGGAACAAAAGUCCCGCAGACCCACGGCUGUCCGUGAGGAAAUCAGGCGUGCGGGAGCCUCCAGGGCCGUGGAGAACCUAGCAGCAACACACGGCCCUGACUUCUUCAAACAUUUGUCUAAUGCCACUGUAAUGGAGGGCUCUCCGGUGACCCUGGAAGUGGAAGUCACUGGAUUCCCUGAACCUUCCUUAACCUGGUUCAAGAACGGGCAGAAAGUGCACAGUGACACGGAGCGCGUGUCGCUAUCCUGUAAAGAAGGCAAGCAUGUGUUGUUCAUAGAGCGCGCUACAGAGACAGACUCGGGCCAUUACGUGGUUAGCGCCUCGAACUCGGCCGGCGCCAUCUCCUCCAGCUCUGUACUGCAGGUCAAAGCUCCUGGAGUCACCCCUCACUCCCUCCAUGGACAGAAGCGGCGGGAUUUAUUAGCAAGAGAAAAAUACCGCCUGCAGGAGUCUGUCUCUGCAAGCGAUGAUGAAUCUCACAUGCUACGCCUGAGGAAUACAGACACUGUGGUGAAAAGCCCAAAUGACACUUGUGUCUUUCUAAAGAGAUGUGUUGAGACAUCAGAUUUUGGAGUGUGUGUUUGUGUUACCAAAAGCACAGAGAGAGGAGAAAGCUGUCCUGCUCAGGUGAUCCUCGGCGACGCCAGCCUAGAACCAGUGGAGAAGCCUAAACAAGAACCUGAUGGAGAGGAUCUUGUGGAGCCAGUCAGCUCACCCUGCACCUCUAAAUCGGCUAGGAUGGAUACCGUAUACAGAGUUGGAAUACCAGAGCCAGGAACGCAGGAAUAAGGACUUGGGAUGUGGAUUUCACUGCUGAAGCUACGCAAACUCCAGAUAAUAAACCAAUGCUAAUUGCAAUAAAGAAACAACUACAAGACCUUUUUGAACUUACAUGUACAAUUAUGACACAUAUUACAUAUGAUCACAUCCAAAACCGUGUAUAAAUAAUGCAGACUUGGUGUGAUUAGAAAAUACAAUUCUGUUUUUGUUCUCCACAAGUCCACUAUGUUUUUAAUAAUCACAAGUCUGUACACUUUGUCCUGUACCUCUACCUUUAUUAAACUCUCUUUACUGAUUCUCAGAGUUUCAAUAAUGUGUGCCACCAUGUUGUGUUACUCAUAGAUUCCUUCUCUGCUGGUCAGUGGCUAUCUUUAACUUGCCUUACCCUUCCUAUUUUAGCAUGCUGAAACCCCCCCACUGUCUAUACAUCCAUAAUGUUAGUUCUUAAGCUUGCAGUUACUUUGGCACAUUUUUAAUUUGGUGGAAGCCAGGUGCAUUGCUGUCUUUGUAAACAAGAGUGUAACAGCUUAAUAAACAUUGUGACAUGCCUUUCUCUCCUCCUUACAGUCGGUGUAAAAAAACUGGGACCCAUGAUCUGAUAGACAGGAAGUAUAUAUCUCUCUGACCUUAAGGACACCUCAAAAACUAAAAUAAACAAUGUAUUGACUA